AUGCGGGAACCGCGAAUACUUCUCUUCCUAUUACCUGUCAUUCUUGCUGCCUCACCGGGUGUUGAAGAGCUGGAGGUGAAACCGACUGUGAGAGUGGUUCAACAGUCUCCACGACAAGUUGAUUUGUCUCAAUGGGAUUGGGUGCCUGUUCAAGGUUUCAACUUUGGCACUGAGGAUCCGUUGGGAUUUCAACCAAUGAAAAGCUCAAACAAUCGAAUAACGAGAUUCUUCCCUGCUAACGGAGAUGGCGGAAUUCAAACUCGACAAGCCACUUUUUCAUCGUCACCCGGUGAUACCUUCAACUCUCGUCCAUUAGCCAUGGUUCAAGCCUUCAACAACCGUGGAGGCCCAAUCUUUCAAGCUAAUUCGAAUUUUGAUUUCAAUCCAACAGAAGGAAGAUCUUCAUCGGUUUUCCAAUCAGAAAGACCACUGCCAUUGAGUGGAUCAUUCAAUACUGCGAAGACUACAUCGUUUGAUCAUGAUGAGAAUGAUCCGAAUCCUCCACAAGUCCAUACUUCGAUGACUUCUGGCUUUAGCCCAAAUGUGCCCGGCUUCCAGCCACAGCAAUCGCAAGUUGGCUUCAAUCAACAGCCUCAAGAUCAAGGACAAGCUCAAGGACAAGAGGAAUCACAAGAAGAGUCUCCAGAAGAAUCGCAAGAACAAGAACAACCACAAGAUCAGCAACAAGAUCAGCAACAAGAUCAGCAACAAGAUCAAGGCCAACAAUUCAGGCAAUUCUCUUCACCGCCCAGUGGAGCUCAAACAAGACCCGCGACUUUUGUUGAUGAUGACACUACUGAUGGAGGCGAUGAUCAGAAUUCGAAAGCUGAAGAGGAGAGUUCACCAAAUGUUCAACCGUCAGCAGAUGGGCCUGAAGGGAAAGUAUCGGAGAGUUCACACACCGGGACACCUACGGAAGAUCAUCAUCUUUUAGCUGGACCGGUGAUGUCUGAUCAAUUUGGGUCUUUCUCGAGAAGUCCGACUUCUAUUGCUGCUUCAACCUUUGACACAAAAGGAAUGGACACCGUUCAUCGAUUGAGCACCGCUGUUCACGAGGCUCCUGGUGACGAUUUGACGAAGUUGACACAAUCGAGUAGACAUCAAACUGAGGACCAGCAAACGUCAAGCUCUUUCAUCGAUGACACCCCGCAAUAUCACAAAAAGUUUGAGAGCUCCGGAUCGCACUCCGCCUGGCACACUCAUCGCAGUCGACAUAAAUCGACACAACCCACUGAUGAUCAACGAGUUUUCCGGGUUGGUGAGGGGAGAGGGAAAACGACGACAUUUGGAAGGACAUCGGCCACGACUUUCUUGGGAACUGACACACCGACAACUGAAGGAAAGAGAAUGGGAAAUACUAAUGAGUUCUCAACCAGCUUUAUGGACUUCGACCCAACUCAUUUCCGUACAUCUCGAAGCAUUUCGAUGAAAGAUGCCAUGGAACAGAUGUCAAAAAGCAAACAGGAGAACAAAUCGCCGCUUCCCUUCGUUCCUGAUCUGGACACAUUAAGAGCUUUGUGGACCCCAAGUGUUGACAGCCAACUCGAGCAGAUCUUUCAAUUGAACCCUCAUCUCACUACAAUGAUGCCGUUGAUUCCCGAGAAGCCGGUGAACACUGAUGCUUGCCGAGACAUUCUCUUCAUCAUUGACGCAAGUGGAUCAAAUCAAAAAGCUUUCAAGAAAAACCUUGAAUUGGUCAAACAGUUGGCUACCUCAGCAUUUUUGCCUUUUCAAAAAUUGGCAGCUUUGAUCGUUUAUGGACGAAGAGAGAGAACAAGAGCUGUGGUUGAGUUCGACGAUCGCCUCGAUAAUCUCGCUUUCAUGAGAAGAGUCAAUGGUCUGAAAUUCCUUGGCGGAAUCGGUGAAGCUGGAAUGGCAAUGGAUUUGGCCGAACAACUUAUCGCGAAUCGAGUCCGCCGAACGCCCGUCGAUAUCAUUUUUGUGUCUGAUGGGUACAGUGGUGAUCAAUAUGUGAACAAAGCUCGAUCAAUUCUGAUUUCAAAUGACUUGAAUCGCCUCUUCGUUCUUGCGCCGAACCUUGCUCAUUUGGCCAACGAGCUUAAUCAAAUCGCCUAUGGAGAAAACAUAAUCACGAGAAAAGAGGACCUCUUGAAAUUGAGAGAUCAAUUGGUUUGC